AUGACACCUGAACCAGAUGACCCCACAAUCAAAAACAACCCUGAUUUUCCAGCUCAUUCUUCCCCUUUGACUGAAUUGUCUGAAGCAACUGAAUACAACAAUGAUGAUGAUUUCCAAGAAAACGAUGCAUCUGCUCUUCCAGAACCCGUCUGGCCUGAAGUUUCAAACGAAUCAACUUCAGCCCAAAAACCAGACCCGCCACCCCAGGCUGUCACCCCUGGAGGAUAUCUAAACGACCCAGAAGUAUCGAUCAUCUCUGCAAAAGAGUUCUUGGAUAAUAUCAAGGCCAAGGCUCAAAGGUUGGAGGUGAUCUGCAAAGAUACAUCAAUCCCACUUUCAGCUCGUCGUCUUAUGAGAGAUGCAAUGAAAAUCAUGAUCGAUUCAUCAACGACUGUCCAGCAAGGAAAAAGUCUACCUGAAGAUGAGGAAGUAAGGAUCGGAAACAAGAAUCUUCUUGGAAAGCGAAAUAAGUCAAGCACCACUAGAAAGCCUUCAAAAAAGAUGCGUCACCGGUUCACCUCUGGAGAUUCCGAGAAAGAAGGUGCCACUGAGAAAGACAAAACAUCGAACUCUGAGAAAGACAAUCCGAACAAUGAAGUGCCGGAUGAUCCACCCUCUGUUCCAGAUCAACCCAACCCAAACCCAGUCAUGGAAACCUCCGAAGGGAAUCAUCAAGUUACUCAAAGCUCUGUGCCGGUUGAUUCACCCUCUAGUCUAGCUCCCAACCCAACCCAAGCUGUGGAAACCUCUGAAGAAAAUCGUCAAAAUCCUCCAAGCUCUACAGAUGGAUGUGACGAAACUGAUCCAAUUCAACAGAAGCCGAAAUCUCCUUCCAGAACAACUGGCUGCAAUGAAUCAACAAGCAGUAAAAAAAAUAACGAUCAUAUUCAUCAAAACGCACCCCCUUUGAGCAGAAAUGAACCGGAAAACUCUAACCCAGACACCAAUCCAACAAGCAUCUUGAAUUCAAAUCAAUCAGUCUCACGAGAUUCCACUCGAGCCGAAGAAGUUGGAAUUGCUUCAACCGAUGAAUCAACACCAAUAAACUUGAAAUACAGGACUGAACUUUCCCCGAUUCAUGAACUUUAUGCAGCCACCAUAAGCUACAAUGCAUACCACACGGCAUUCGAAUCAAUAAAUCAACUUUACUCCUCCAGAACAAAUGGAUUACUCCCGCCUACUGCCUAUAGUAGCUUUCUAUCCUCAAGGAUUGAAUUCAAACCAGUUAAUGGAACAUCACUCAAGAUAUGGCUUAAGAAUCUGAGAAGAGAAGGCCCUGAUUUGAUUUCACCCGGAUUUAAUGAACCGUUCUACAAAACAGACGUUUGGUGUUUCCCUUCUAAAACCAGCAUCUCGAGCCCUCCAUCUCAAAGCGAAAUGGGAUCUGAACUUUUCACUCUGUUCACACAUCUCUGUCAUCCCGCCGAGGCAGUCCAGUGCAAGUGGGCUGCAAUUCUUUUCCAGUCUAUUGCACUUGUCGCAAAAGAUAUCAGCUCUCUACCGGUCUACAACAAGCCAACCGAUCCCGCCAAUGAACUUGGACCCGAACUGGCGAUUAUUGAAUACUUCAUACAAUGCUUGAGUGGACCUGACGCCUCUCAUGAAAUCACCGACUCAACUUCAUCAAAGGAAAAAGAAAACAAAAUAAGCUUCAGCACUCUCGAUAAGUUCAUUGACAAUAUACAUCAAAUGCUGAUUGCCUUUGCUGUUCUCAAAGCCAAGUACUUCCGAAAGAACAUAUCUCAAGACCCCAUUAUCAACUCUUAG